AUGGCGACCCUUCGCUUUUUGAAAAAUCCUCGGCUUGCUGCCGCCUGUCCGUCCCGCCCAGCCGGGGGAACAGCCUACAGGCCCUGGAAGCCUAGCAGGGAGGGGAAGGCCAGUAAUGAAGAGCAGGAGGGGCGGCGGAUCUGCCCGCUGUGGAGAUGGCUGUUGUUCACCCUGACGUGCCUCGUCUACACGGCUGCCACUCAGAGCCCGCACCGCCACAGCCAGAGCGAGACCCUGUGCGGCGGAGAGCUGGUGGACACACUCCAGUUCGUCUGUGGAGACCGAGGCUUCUACUUCGGGCGAUCUCCAAGCAGGACCAACCGCCGGUCGAAGAAGGGCAUUGUGGAGGAGUGUUGCUUCAGCAGCUGCGACCUGGCGCUGCUUGAGACCUACUGUGCCACGCCUGCCAAGUCCGAGCGUGACGUCUCUGUCUCGUCCACCACGGACUACCAAAAGCCAUCCAGCACAAAGUUCUUCCGUGACGAGUCAUGGCAGAAGUCGGCCCACCGUCUUCGACGAGGGGCUCCGGUCCAGGCCCGGCUCCGCCGCUUCCGGCCCCUGGCGGACCCCCGGCACGGCUCCCAGCUCUUCCGGCCCCUCGGCCCCCUCCCCGGCAAACGGCCCUUCCUCGCCCACGCCACCUCAGAGACGCUGCGACGCCGAGAGUGAACGGGCGUCUACCGGACGCUCCCCGGAGACCAGUCCGGUGGUCUUCCUUCUCCUGGUCCCCCCCCUUACCCCUGCACCAGGUAUCCCCAUCCUCCCGCCCCUCCUCUCCCGCCCACAGAGACUGGAAAAGCAGGGCGUGGGCGGUGGGCACAGACCUCUACCUAGGGUCCCCUCACCCUUCCCUCCGCCGAAGAGGGGCAAGGCCUUUGGCCGCAUUGGCGAAGGGCAUCGCUGGGGUAUUUAUUACCCCAUCCGCCUUUCCGAUCUGCGCUGUGGAUGAAACAUGCUUCCUGCAGCCGGCUUCCCCUCCCCUGCCCUGUCCUUUCUGCGGAGACAGUGGAGGGGGAGAGGAGAGGGCCGCGGAGACGGAGGGAGAUGUUUGGAUUUCCACUUCUUCCAGGGCGGAAGUGUUCACUAUAUAGUUCCUCUCUGAGGGUUCUAUUAUAGAUCUCCUACAUCUAUAAACCGCCUCCAGUCUCACCCUACUUGAUCGAUGCCCUCUUAUACCAUAUAUAUAUGUAUACGUAGAUACAUAUAUAUGUAUAUAUAUAUAUAUAUAAUUUUUU